GCAGGAUAGUCCGUUGGGCGAAACAUUUUGCCAAUGCCGGGCACGCUUCAAUUCCAAGGAUCCAGAACCCUCUUCUCAGGCACCAUUGGAUUUCGCUGUGCGGUGGAGCCCACACAGUCUUUCGCAACGCGACUACCACACCGGGCUUCACAAAUUGCACAGCGCUGUUGCUGAAUUGGAGUUGCAAACUCAAAAAAAUAUAAAGAUGAGCAUUCUUCGCCCAAAAAACUGCUUCUCAUCGAACAAUCGCCCAUCGUCCCCAAUCAUCCAUACAUCUUACAAUCACCAUGGCUGCUCCUUUUCCAUCCCCAACCUCAACGUGGCACACGAAAACAUACCAAUCUCUAUCUCCCACCCGACCCGAGCUCUCCGCCAAAGGCAAGACUGUGGUAGUAACAGGAGGGGGCACUGGAAUUGGUGCAGAGACCGCUCGCUACUUCGCCGAAGCCGGCGCGUCUCGGAUCGCCCUCCUUGGUCGUAGAGAACAACCCCUUCUCGACACCCAAGCUUCCAUCGGGCACAAGUUCGCUAAUGUCGAGGUAUUUGUGGCCCCCACCGAUGUCACGAAGAAGAGCGAAGUGGAUGCAGCCUUCGCGAAGUUCGCUGGCGACGGCAAAAUCCAUGUUUUGGUCAGUGGUGCGGCGAUCAUAGGGCCCCAGGAGCCCGCGGGGGAUGCGAGCAGUGACGAAUUCCUCGAUGCCAUUCAGCAAAACCUCACAGGGUCAUUGUAUGUUGCGCAGGCGUUCCUUCGCUACGCGUCGAGGGACGCGGUCGCCAUUGACGUUUCUUCGUCCGCUGCACAUCUGAAUUUUGGUCCUGGGUUUGCAUCAUAUAGCGUCGCCAAGCUGGCGACAUUCCGGCUCUGGGAUUCUCUGGCCUUUACGAACCCGGAGCUAAGCAUCUUCCAUAUCCAGCCUGGCGUGGUGGACACUGCCAUGAACAAGGAAGCGGGCGGUAUCGAAGCGGUCGGUUUCGAAGACCACAUUUCGCUACCUGCGAGCUUCAAUGUUUGGCUUGCAAGCACCGAAGCGCGUUUCCUAAAGGGCAAGUUUCUGUGGGCAAACUCGAAUGUAGACGAACUCAAGGCCCGAGCUAAAGAGGUUGAAGCGAGUACGCAGCUUAGUAUUGGGCUUGUUGGAUGGCCGUUUGAGGAGGGCAGUUGGAAGGACACUUGGAAGUCGAAGACUAUUAGUAGUGCUUAGCUAGGUAAGAAGAAGAUUAGAGGAAUAAGAACGUAUGAUUAUAUGGAGAAGCAACCAAUUGUUCAAUUAUUCCACUUCAAUGUAUCAACCUUUUC